AUAUAUAAAAUACAUUUCUGAAGUAUCUGGAGAAGCAGCCGAGAAGAACAAACCAGGAAGUAACAGGGGGAGCUGGAAGGAAGACCUCUCAUGUGAACAGGAUGUUUCCAAUAAUAUUGAAGGAGGAUGACGCGGAGCAUUGGAGCAGAGGACUCUCGGACACAGACGGCUCAGAUGAUCUGUGACGAAGCGUCUCUGUGGGAACUAUUGAUGAUAAGACUCAAUCUUUCAUCAUCAUCUUUGCAAUUUUCUUCUUCCAUUUUGAUUUUGCGGGGAGGGAGGUGAGACACACACGCACGCCCCUUCACCCCGCCGUCUUGAUACUGCCAUCAGCGUCCUGCACACAAAUGAGUAUCCUGUCCUACGUCGCCAAGCUGGAAAACCUUCAGGAGCUCCGUAGGUUGUGCCACUGGGGCCCAGUGAUUGCGCUGUCUGUCAUCGGGGUGUGCUCCUCUGUGGCCAUCCUGGACUCUGUUAUCUGGUUCUGGCCCCUUGAUACCACAGGGGGGAGUAUCAAUUUCAUCAUGCUGAUCAACUGGACUGUGCUUAUCCUCUACAACUACUUCAAUGCCAUGUUUGUGGGUCCUGGCUACAUCCCGCUUGGCUGGAAGCCGGAGAAUGUUCAGGAUUGUUCGUACCUGCAGUUCUGCCGUGUGUGUCAGGGAUUCAAGGCGCCACGGUCCCACCACUGCCGCAAGUGUAACAGGUGCGUUAUGAAGAUGGACCACCACUGUCCUUGGAUCAAUAACUGCUGUGGCCACCUGAACCACGCCUAUUUCACCAGCUUCCUGCUUCUGGCUCCGCUCGGAUGCAUCCAUGCAGCCUUCAUUUUUAUCAUGACCAUGUAUACCCAGCUGUCUGAUAGGAUCUCGUUCGGCUGGAGCUCGGUGAAAAUCGACAUGAGUGCCGUAAAGUGGAGUCCCCAGUCCAUCAUCCCGUUCAGCGUGCCUGCCUUCGCUGCCACGCUCUUCGGUCUGGGUCUGGCCUUGGGCACCACCAUCGCUGUAGGCAUGCUCUUCGUCAUACAGAUGAAAGUGAUUUUCAGGAAUAAAACUUCGAUUGAAUCCUGGAUUGAGGAAAAGGCCAAAGAUCGAAUCCAGUACUACCAGACCGGGGAAGAGUUCAUCUUCCCAUAUGACCUAGGUAGCAGGUGGGAGAACUUCAGGCAGGUGUUCACGUGGUCCGGAACCCCUGAGGGAGAUGGAAUCGAGUGGCCAGUGCAUGAGAGGUGCCAUCAGCAUACCCUGACGAUCGAACAGCUAAAACAGAAAGCUGACAAGCGGGUGCGGAGUGUCCAGUAUCGGGUGAUCGAGGACUACAGUGGUGCCUGCUGCCCACUGGGGAAGGGUGUGCAGACACUGAUUAGGACACCAUGCACUGAGGAGCCCCGGAUUCCGCUCAGCCGUGGGGAGACAGUGUUCGCCACCAGGGGGACCAAGUGGUGGAUGUAUGGAGACAAGGUUCUGGAUGAAGAUCAGGCCAAAGCCGGCCUGCGCAUGCGGGGGUGGUUCCCUCGCCGCUGUGUGGAGAAGUGCUUAUAUGACGCGGCCAGCGGCUCGGCGACCGGCAGCUCGGCGACCAGCAGCAGCAAGAAGGAUGACUGACGCUCCACCUGGGGCCGCCCCGGGGGGGGGCCUGCACCUCUUGCUCCGACGGUUUAGUUAUGGUCUUCUUGCUGUUUUUUUGUACAGGGAAAAAUAACUCAUUUUAUUUUAUUAUAUUUUCUAAAACUGUCACCUGCACUGUUGAUUACAGGAAAUAAAUGACCCAGAUUAA